AUGAAUCAAACAGUCCCGAAGAAGCUUGACGAUCUUCCCCCCCUUGUCCUUUUGUGUGUCGGAGAUUUCCUGUCUAGUUCGAGUUCAGCUUGUCUUUCGAUCUCCAGCAAGAACCUCUACGAUACUUUUGCAAAUAAAUACCAAGCAUGCCUGUCAACUUCAGGACCCGAUUACAUACAGUUCCUUGCUCUCUACGCCAAAGACCUCCCGGAUCACUUUCCCUGUCCAUUCUGCAACCGCUUGCAUUCAAAUGAUGUUGUUCCAUUGCCUGGCGCACCCACCACAAACUCAGCACCUGCCACCGCCGCAGGCCCAGCCUGCCCAAGGAUCCAACAAAGCCACUAUAGUGAUAUAGAACCGGUGACUUUCCCACAGAUUCAGGUCGCUAUGAAGAAUCAUAAGUUCGGCGACCCACAUGGUAUUCCACUGUCAGCCUUCAAAUACACCGAAUACUACGAUCUCGCCAGGCUCAACGGUCACGGAUUCAAGUUCACAGCCACCCACUCCUAUGAGGGACGAAUAUACAAUGGUGAAAUCAUCCUGCGGACACAAAUAUUCAUGAGGAUGCCAUACGAGCCGAUCAAGUAUAAACAGUAUCACGACCUCAUUAAGGAGCUUCAACAACAGCACCAUGAUAACUUGAGCCACCAAAUGAGAGCCUGUACACUCCACAGCACGAUGGUGACCUCCUGUCUCAUGGAUGAUGAUAGCGAAACCUUGGAAAGCUUCAACAAUCAAUGGCCUCGUAUUGCGAGAACACCUUUCGGGAAUGUUGGACCCUUCGAAUGUGAGUCGUCGACUAUGCAUAUUGCGAGGCGACAGAAUGCCGCUGUUUCCAUCACAACGUGA